AUGAAUGCAGAAGAGCAGACCAAAAGCCCCCCCGUUUUCCAAGAUCAAGUAAAUAAAACAGACCAAGAAGUGAAGAAAGGAGACAAGCAGAGAGGGAAGAAUGGGGGACAAAAGAACGGAAGUAGAAGCAUUAAAAGUGGUAAAAACAAGAGAGUCAUUAAUUCGUUUCAAUUCAUUGCAGCAUUCUUCAUCCAACUCGUCAUUCCUCGAUCCUUAUUCAUCCCUCUUCAAGAUAACUUUUUUUGUUGUAAACUCGAUAUUCGAGCGACCGAACAGACAUUAACGGGUAAAGGACAAGAAGAGAGGAUCCGAAGAGCAGAACAGAACAGAAGAGAGAGCAGCCUAAGUAAAUAA